CACUCACACGCGCAUCGCGGGCCCAGAACUGUGAAUGACGGGAUUGAACUAAAGAAGCACUUUUCCCAACCUUUUUACAAGCUGAAUCGCGUACAGAUGCAAGUCCAACAGAGGGACAGGUUCCAAGAAACACCAAAACUUUACCACCUUGUUGACGCACGUGAUCUAACGCUUGUACCUGAGAGACGUUUCUUUGUCAUUGAGUUCAGCUAGCCACAGGAUCGUCCAUAAAGAACGACAAUGAUCUCAUAGUCACUAGACUAUCAACCUCUUUGUGGUCAUGCACUCUCCAAUGAGCACGGCGAUGUCAUAUUUCCCGAACAUAAUUCGCUCGACAAUCUCGUCUAGGGAGCUACUUGACUGACACUGAGAGCUAAACGUGCCUGUGUAGUCUACAGUUCUUAGAAUACGUCGUGGUUCCAACCAUAGAAUCACGCACUGGGUUACAAGUCUCUCAUGCCGUUCUCUAUUCUAGAGGCAGUUACCCGACCCAUCUUCCGUCGAUGUUGCACCGCGAAACGAUAAUUUAACUUAUCAUGGAGCAAAUACCGAGUCAUGCAAGUUGGGCUAAGGAUGCUGGCAAAUGUGCUUCUUGUUGCGAUAAUGGGCCAUUGACUUGGCGAACCGAAAAAGUCCGUGAUAGUCGGGAUGGCCACUCUUGUUGGGGUGGACCAUCCAAUGCAACUAUUAUAGCGCCAUCUACUCCGUACAUUGAAGAUAAUGAUGAGGGUGCACAUCCGUUAACACCUUCAGAGACCUUGGAGGUUGAUCCGACCGACUCGGGUCUUGGGGCCCCCGGAUUAUCCUCAGGGGGGCUCAUUGUCAACUAGAGUCGAAGGUGAUAUGACGCUUGCGAGUUGCUGGGAUGUUUCUUGAGAAUCUCAUUCGAAAUAAUGAAGAUGGAUGUCAAUGUAUAAAUCGUCUUUUCUUCCAGAAGCUCACAUAGAAGUCUCGGGGAUUGCGAUCCUUGCUAGCGUUGCAUAUCUUACGUCUUUGUUAUCCGCUGAAACACCAUACAUGCGCUGCUGACAUCUUAAUAAGCAUACUUUUUGUUUUACACACGACCUUUGUCUUAGAACCAUACAGUGCCCUUCUCUCAGGACUCAUCUGAGCUUUCCGUAUUUGAGGGGUUAAUCAUCUGAAAUAUGGCGAACCAGUUCUUUUUCCGCGACGCUUCUGCAUCAUUCAAUGAUGCUCAGUUCAUCGCUGAUGCAAUGGACUCGACUAUCCCCUAUCUUGUUGCAGCGGGAAACGCUGGCCAAUGGGGAACUGAGCCUCUUUCUAGAAAGGAAUCAUUCACGCAGAAAAUGUAUGAUGCUGUCUCAAAGUCGGAGCAGUUCUGUAGAACGGGAACUGGUGAUCCCGAGAGAAUAUUUAUUGCCGAGGUUGAAGACAAACAGACAGACUCUGAAUCCACUGCAAACGGAAACCUUUCCCGUCGUGUGGACGAGAAUGGAAAAUCCUUUGUGUCUGUUGGCUUCGUCAAGAUUGUUGAAAAACAGUUCGUGGGCUAUCUGAAAGAGUCCGAGACUUUGAAAGCCCAGGUUGAACCUGCGUUGAAUAAGGGCAAGUUUAUCUUCCUCCAAUACCUCGUCACUGAUCACCGAGUUGGUGAUAGACGUCGCGGAGCUGGGGCUGCUCUCCUUCAGAAAGUCAAGGAUUAUACUCUUGAGCGUGGUUGGAAGACGAUCUGGCUUGAUUGCUGGGAUGGGGGUAAUGGGCAAUUGGUGCAGUACUACGUUGAUCAAGGAUUUCAUAUCAUGGGGAGCUUUAGGGAUGAUGAUGACGAUGGAUCUUCAUGGAAUGGCAAACUUUUUCGCAUGGACUUGCCCUAGAAACUGCUACCGAAGCAAGCGCCGUGUCACCGAUACUGCUAUCUCUGUGUACAUUCACUUCUCCAGAGGAGCUGUAUCAGCGAAGCAGCCAAAGAAGGGGUCCCGCCCUCCAACGACCCCGGCCUCAACAGCCAAUUUCCUCAACUCUUGAUUCUCCUCCUUACUCAGCGUCACCUUUGCUGCUCCCACGUUCUCUUCGAGAUACUUGAUGUUCUUCGUGCCAGGAAUGACAAACAUGUUGGGGCUCUGCUCCAAGAUCCAAGCCAGGACCAGCUGCGAGGAUGUAAAUCCCUUCUUCUUGGCCAACUCAUUGAACUGGUCCACAAUCGUCAAGUUCUUUUUGAAGUUGUCACCCUGGAACCGCGUCAGGUUUCUCCGGGUAUCUGUCUCUUCGAAGUCAUCGACAGAGCGGAAACGGCCAGUCAAGAUACCACGACCAAGGGGUGAGUAGGCAAACACCGCCACCUCUAGCUCUUCGCAAGCCUUGAGAAGGUUUGUUCCUGAAGCCCCUUCGAUGUCGAGUGUCCAGGGGUUGUACUCGACUUGUACUGCUGAGAUGGGAUGGAUGGCGUGGGCUCGGCGGAGAGUGGUAGACGAGAUCUCUGAGAGGCCCAAGUACUUGACCUUUCCCUCACUAUGUGUGUGUGAGUCCUGCUUAGCUUAUUUCUGGGUGGAAUGACUUACUCGACCAAUUGCUUCAUGGCUUCCACAGUCUUCUCAAUAGGCACAUCCUCUUUUGCACGAUGCAUGUAGUACAGAUCAAUGUGCUCAACACCAAGCCUCUUCAAGCUGCUCUCAAUACUCUUCCUCACAUGCUCAGGCGACGAAUCAGUAACGAUCCCUUUCUCACCCCCCUUCAGCCCAAAUUUGGUCGCAAGGAAGAUAUCCUGACGCCGUUCGGGGUGAAGCUUGAACCAUUUGCCUAUGACAUCUUCACUGUCGCCGUAGAUGUCAGCUGUGUCCCAAUUGGUACAGCCAAGUUCCCAUGCACGUUCGAGGAGUUUGAGGCGUUCUUCAUCAGAUCUGGGGAUAUUAGUGAGAUUCAGCAAUUGGAGAUGUGAUUCGUACGUGGCUGCUCCGUAUCCGACGCUGAUUCCCAUAAGACCAAGACCAAUAGAUGGGAUCUUGGGGCCACCCUUGGUGAGCUGUCGAAGAGGGAGUUGGGCUGGAGGAGCCAUGAUGUAGUCGACUUCUCAGAAAUGGAGUUUGAGCAGUUGGGGGAGAUGUUGGUUGGAUGCAAGUGGCCUGGUGUUUAAUUUACCAAAGAGAUAUGUUCAUGAAGACAGAGAAACUCUCUUCCUUUUAUACAUUUCCAACGCCUCCUCAUCAUUAUAUUGACUCGUCCUAUCCUAGUCCAG